CUCGCGGUGAUAGGACGCGUACGUCGCUCCUGAUUUUCAUGAAAACGUGCGGCCCGGGAGUGUUUUUUUUCUACCGGUAUCUUAAUGAAAAAUUGAUGAAUAGGAGCCUUUAACGAUCUUUUUUCCGUAACGGUGUAGUGACUCGAAUGAAAUAUUUGUAGAACUGUGAAAGGGUGGCGAUGUUACGGGAUGCUGUCGCUUUGAUGCAGCGAGAACGAAUGAAAUGAUUAUCAAUUGUAGAUAAUGAUUGACACCUAAUACACAUCUACAAUGUUGUGGAACACGUUGUUGUUGUUGCUGCCGCUAUUAGCGGUUGCGGCGGCUGCGGAGGACGGAUGCAAUCCUGAUAAGAUGACAGUCUACCGCAUGGUCCUGCACACUUACUGGACGAGAGAGAAGUUCCCGAAGCACUACCCGGACUGGAGACCUCCGGCGCAGUGGUCGCGGAUUUAUGGUGUAUCACACAAUCGUCAGUAUGUAUUAUUCCGUUUGGGUCGUCGUGUGUCGCCGCCAGUUCGUCAGUUUGCGGAGUCGGGUCACUCAGAAGCACUCAGCUCGGGCCCUGGGACUAUGGAUGUGUUCACUGCGCCUGCAAUAACACAAGGCGCUGGUCGCACAGAGGCAGAGUUUUUCGUCGAUGGAAAUCAUUCUAGGGUGUCAGUGAUGACAAAAAUGAUUCCGUCUCCAGACUGGUUCAUAGGUGUGGACAGCUUUGAUCUGUGCGUUGACGGCAACUGGCUUGAUAGCAUCACUAUUGAAGUGGACCCAGUGGACGCGGGCACGGACAAUGGCUUCACAUUCACCGCCCCCAACUGGCCGACCGCGCCGCAGGGGGUCGCCUACCGCAUCACAUCAAAGUACCCCUCCCACCCCGCAGGCUCUUUCUUCUACCCUCAUUUGAGAAGACUGCCCCCUAUCGCUACCUUUCAAUUCAUUAAACUUCGAGAAUACGAACUCUCAGAAGUGUUUCACCGAGAGAAUGACGACCGAAAAUACGAUGUUCUACAAUUAGAUAAACACAAUCACAACAACAUUGAUGUGUUAGACGGAAAUAGGGCGCUUUCCAUCGCUGAAGAAGUGGAGAGAGCUGAACAAGCGCCCAGGAUAUAUUCUGAAGGCUCAAUGACGACAGUCGACAGCGCUUAUUCGUUUUAUUCUAUUACGAAUACAACAGUGAGCACAACUGAAGAGCCGCGAUCAGCCAAUGAACUGCCAACAUCGGGUCCGACGGCCAGCGAGCGUUCCGCGCUGCGCAGUCUAGCACGCCGAUACCGCGCGCGCCGACGACGCAAGCUGCGUGCUGACAACACGGAUCCUGCUGAGAGGAGGAAGCGGAAAAGAGCUAGGCUUCUAGACUGCCGUGUAUCAGACUGGGGCGAAUGGAGUCCAUGCCGCAGUGAAGGCGGAUGCGUUGGAUCUGCGCUGCGGACGAGGCGCAUCAUCCGGAGGCAGCGACCGGGCGGUGCGCCUUGCCCGCCAACCGCGCAGUCCCGUUGGUGCGCUACCAACUGCACGGCCCAUGAAGACUGGCACAACAACCUCACAUGAACCUAAAACCCCGACAAUUUCUUUAAAUCCUUCUUCUCGUAUCUUCAUCUCUUUUUUAAAACCAGCAGGAAUUUUACUAUGAAAAGUUUUCCACUAAAGUUCUUUGGAAUGAAUUAAAAAAUCGUUUUAGUAAAAUUUCUUCUCGACCCGCUCUUUUUAAAAAGUUUC